AACACCGUUUUUGUCCACAUGCACACUCACGUUUAGUGUAGUUAAACAGUUAAAGCACUCAUGUACAGACGUUUUUUUUUUGGACAGUCAGUUCUGUGAAGGGACUGCAGUACGUCACCUAGAUCUUUUCUGUAUUUGGAGUAAAGGAAGUUUUUCGACAGCUGCCACCUGUACAAAAUGAGCCCAAGAGAAGACGCCCCUGCAGACCGUGGUUUCCUCGUGGGGAUCAUAUUCUUCAUCCUUGGCCUGGGAACGCUGUUGCCAUGGAACUUCUUCAUGACGGCGUCUAUGUAUUUCAACAACAGACUCAACACGUCUGAAUGGAGUAAUGGAACAGUAACCACCAGGAAGGAGUAUUAUUUCAAUAACUGGAUGACUCUGCUGUCCCAGCUGCCUUUGCUGCUCUUCACUUUGCUCAACUCUGUUCUCUAUCAGUGGAUCUCAGAGAAGAUGAGGAUAGCAGGCAGUCUGGUCUUCAUCCUGCUCCUCUUCAUCCUCACUGCUGUGCUGGUGAAGAUCCCGAUGGAGGAGGACCGCUUCUUCUCCGUCAUCAUGGCAACCAUUUGGCUUAUCAAUUCGUUCGGGGCCGUGUUACAGGGAAGUCUGUUUGGUUUGGUGGGUUUGUUCCCGCAGAGGUACAGCACUGUCUUUAUGAGUGGACAGGGACUCGCUGGGACAUUUGCUGCUCUUGCAAUGAUCUUCACCAUCGCAAGUGAAGCUGAUAGUGAAUCUGCAGCUCUGGGUUAUUUCAUCACUCCGUGUGUCGGGACCCUCGUCACGCUCUUCAGUUACAUGCUGCUGCCAAAGCUGGAGUUUGCUAGAUUUUACCUGGACAGCAAAUGCAAGAGUUACGAGCUUGAGACGUCUAGCCGGCUGCUGCCUACAGAUGCUGUUGAGGACUCUGUGAAGAGCAGCAAUCCUAAUAAAGGUGAAGAGGAGGGUGUGAAGCAGGCCUUCAUCACGCUGCUGUCAGAAAACACGUCGUCCCCUCAGAAGAGCUCCAUCCUGCAGGUCUUUAAAAAGAUUUGGCUGAUGGCGUUUUGUGUGACGUUUGUGUUCACAGUUACACUGUCAGUUUUUCCUGCGGUGACGGUGGAUGUGAAAACUGUGUAUGGUGGGAAAUGGGAACGAUACUUCAUUCCUGUUGUUUGUUUUCUCUUCUUUAAUGUGAUGGACUUUAUUGGCAGAUCUGUCACGUUAGUAUCUAAGUGGCCCUCUAAAGACAGUCGUUUGUUCCCGGUGCUGGUGGUUUGCCGAGUGAUCUUCGUUCCUCUGCUCAUGAUGUGUAACGUUCAGGAGAGACACUACAUGCCUGUGCUCUUCUCAAACGACGUCAUGUUUGCUGCAAUCAUGGUGUGUUUCUCCGUGUCCAGCGGAUACUUUGUGUGUCUGUCCAUGACGUACGCGCCACAGCUCGUGGAGCCUAAAGAUGGCGAGACGGCCGGCGCGUUGAUGACGUUUUUUCUGGCUCUGGGUUUGUCGUUGGGAGCAGCGUUGUCGUUCCCGCUGCGUUUUCUUGUCUGACGCUCACGAUCUCACUCUCACUCCUGAAUCCUCGGCUCUCAGGGUGUCUGCAGUUGGGCUGCGAUAAUAAAUCGAUGCAUAGCGAUUCGUGGAUCGAUUCUGAGCUUAGUUUUAGCCCUACGCUAGUUUUUAAGUCAUGCAAGUGGUUAAAUGUACUUGCACCUUUAUGCUUUUAUGACUAUGAAUGUUCCCACUGUGAACACUUUUGCAAUUCGCUUCAACCUUUUCAAACUGUAUGAAUGAUUAUUUUAGGCUCAAGCGUGUGCAAGGAACUGGAAGCAAGCAGAGCACGGCUGUUUCUAAAGCACGCACCUGCUUGUUCAAAACUGAGCUCAGAAUUGAUUCGAGAGAGAAUCGCGAUGCAUUUUUACAAUCUCAGAGUAAAUGUAGAAUCAUUGCUUGAUGCAUCAGUAUAUUUUCCCAGCCCUAGUCUGCAGUUUCAUUGAACUUUGUAAACAAAAGUGCACAAAGCACAUUUUGGUUGCACAAAGUGCUCUAUCUGGUCAUCUAGUUUAUUAUUUUUAUGAAUUUUUUUGAAAGGCUGGUCAUAAUUUUAAGUCUUGCAUAAAAAAAUAGAUUGGUCUAAUUUAAAUCCAAAAAAUAAGACUUUUAAUAUAAAUAGUAUAUACAGUAUUAUUAAAACAUACCUUAUCUUCUAUGGUAAUUUUAUAGAGAAGCUUUGUGAAAAAACAUCCAAAUGGGAUCCAUUUUUUAUGUUAUUGCCCAGCCCUAGUCGCUAGUAUUAUUGUUAUCGAUAUGAGAUCAUCUUCAGACGGUGGAUGCAACACAACUGUUGCUACCAUGAACAAUAGAUUAUGGGAUGAAGGAUUUUUUUUAAUGCAAACAAUUGCAUUCAGGGAAUUUGUAAGUUUUGAAAGGAACAUUAUUAUGUACAUUUCUUGUAAUAAUAGAGUGUUUAUUACAUAUAUAUUUACAUUUUCUAUAUAUAGAAAGUCUGAGACCACGAUCUCAUAAAAAAACCUGCAAAUACAGUUUUGGGAUUUUGAAAAACAUAAAAUACAGCAUCUCUGAUUCUGUACUAUUUCUAGGUCAGUAAUCGCAUAAGUAAAAAAAAAAAAAAAAAAAGUACGACUCCUUUGUACAAAAGGUCAAAUUUUCGUGCAUAAAAGCACACAUGCUCUUAGCCCGAGUUAUGCUGGGAUAACAUGGAUCAUCAGGUUUUACUUUCCUCAGCUUUUCAAAUUAUGCUGAUAAUGGGAAAAAAAUGAAUGUAUUAUAAUGCCAAAUAGUGCAUUUGCACUAGUAAUCGCAGAUGUAUGGACUUUGUGCUGUAAUGCAUACCACAUCAAGCCUGUAACAUGUUCAAACAUGCAUAGACAGGUAUCGAAGACACACAUCUGAAAAUUAAUGUAUUAUUUUUAGGGUCCCGCAGGCGAGACAUGACGUAAAAGCAUUCCAGAUUGUUCUCUUGUUUUUGACAACAGUAAAUUUAAUUUGGACUCUUAGAUCAGUUUUCAAACUGAGCUCCAGAGAAAAUUUCUUAAAAAAAAAAAAAUAAAAAAUUUAAAUAAACAUUAUUUAUCCAAUUUGACAUUAUUUCCAAUUUGUUCUGUUUCGUAAAGACUGGUUGGAAAUGAAAUGAAUCAUGAUUAUUUAAUUCUGUUGAAGGAAUUAACUAAUAGUGUGUAGAAAAUAUGCUUUAUUUAAUACGGAAUACAAACAAAAAGAUAUUCUCCAUAUGUUUUAAUUGCAUAGAUUUUUCCCCACUUUUUUGGUUUUUGUUUAAUAACUAUAAAGACAACAAGUAGGCUCGUCGUCUCGUGUGGAAACUGCCUUAAACUGACCUGACCUUUCAUUUCACUCUCAUGCAUAUGGAAUAUAUAUAUAUGAAGCUUUG